AUGUACAUGAAUCUGGCGGAGCUCAGUGUCCGGCAGAGAGACGGACUCGCCCGCCAGCUGGAGAAAUGGCAAAAUCCUCGUGUAGAAGCCGUCCUGAAUGACGAAAGAUGGAUGGAGGAAGUCGCGAAAAUGAGGCGGCGCUUCGAAGAAGUCGACGAGGUGCAGAGAUCCCGGCUCAGCGGCCCGGUGCUCCUUGCAGCGGAGCAAAGUCCGUUGCAGGAGCUGUCUGCUACGCUGCAACGAGCCCGCGAGCAGCCGCAGCAGGAGCAAACGGUCAUUGAUACUGCAUGGCGCAUUCUGACUGCAAGUUUCGGAUCCCUGCUCUUCCACGUCUCCCUUGCAGCGCCAGACGAUGCUGAAGUAGAACUUCUCAUUCGAGAAACUUGA